AAAUGCACCGCGUCAGCUUUUUAAACAUCCAAUAAGAGAUUAAAUAUUUAAUUCUUGCCCCAACCAGCCACUGAGGAAUGAGGAAUUGAUACCGCAGUCAAUAUGGAGUGCCUGUACCACCAAACCAAUAAUGCGGUCAAGGAAAUCGAGCGCGACUUUCAGCGGUUGAGUCAGCUGAGUCCACAAGAAUCCCUUGACGUGGAAGGUGGGAUUCAAGUGAAGAUUACCCAAGCUAAUUCAAACUGCGAUCGCCUGGAUGUGCUACUCUUUAAGGUGCCCCCAUCCCAACGACAGAGCUCGAAACUACGAGUGGACCAGCUGAAAUACGAUCUAAGACACCUGCAGAACUCCCUGCAAACAGCUAGAGAACGUCGUCAGCGACGGGCGCAGGAACUGUCGGAGAGGGAGCAACUGCUUAACCACAGAUUCACGGCCAACAGUUCCCAGCCGGAUGACACCUGCCUGCAAUUGGACUACGAGCUGCAGCAUCACACCCAACUAGGAAACGCCCAUCGGGGCGUGGAUGACAUGAUAGCCUCCGGCAGUGGCAUUCUCGAAAGCCUAAUCUCGCAAAGAAUGACGCUCGGCGGAGCACAUAAACGUAUCCAGGCCAUCGGCAGCACUCUGGGGUUAUCCAACCACACGAUGAAGUUAAUAGAACGACGCCUGGUCGAAGAUCGCAAAAUAUUUGUAGGGGGAUGCAUAGGCACUCUCCUUAUUAUCAGCCUCAUAAUAUACUACUUUCUAGUGCUCUAAGCUCAGAGGUUUAAUCGAGUUUAAAUUAAAUGUACUCUAUUUUGUUUAAUGUAAAA